AUGUCCAUGCGGAAGCAGCUGACAGUCCCAGACUGCCACAAACGUUCAGUGAGUGCUCUGGGAUAUCACUUGGCUCGAAGAGAAUUCCUGACCGGCUUUGAGGACGGUGUUAUUAAAUGGUGGGAUUUGGAAACUGGACAGCUGAGCUUUUCAGUCUUUGAGCACACUGGUAUGAUCACUCAGUUCCUAUACUGGUCUGAGCCCAAGCUGCUUUUCUCAGCAUCGAAUGAUGGGACUAUUGUGGUGUGGACUGUCGGGGCCACUGUAUUUGACCGGAUUAUGUUGAACACUUCCAUAUUUUGCAUGGCAAUCAAUCACCGGAGGCACCAACUCAUCUGCGGAUUCAAAAAGCAGCUCAGGGUCUUUGCUUUGGAUGACAAGAAGGAUUCUGGUCACGUGUUGGAUUUGGGCAAGAGCUUCGCUGAUCACAGGCAUCAGGACAUUGUGUCGGCUGUAGUCUGCCUUGACACACGGAUAUACUCUGCUGGGUAUGACAAGAAGCUCAUCAUCUAUAACACCAGCUCUUAUCCGAAUAGCAAAACCCUGCAGGUGGUCUACUGCAACCCCAGUGCUCACGAUGCGGGAAUCACAAACCUGAUGGUGGUCCGAGAAUACGAGAGCACGAGGUGGCUGAUGACUGGCUCCUUCGAUAAAAGUGUGAAGGUCUGGUCACAGGAUGGACAGCUGAUAAUGAAGCUCCCUUACUUUGCCAGGUUUAUAAGUAGCCUCUGCUUUGUGCCCUGUGUGAACUCUGUCUGGAUCUGCAGUGGCGUUCUGUCUCCGUCCAUCUUUGAUCCAAGCUCUGGAGAAAUUGUUUCUGAAUCUGUCGAAACUUUCCAAACACAUGAGACUGGACAACCGUUGCACCAACUGGUUUGUAUCCCAGAGACCAAUCAUGUGAUAGGUUCCAGCAGGCAGCAUAGAGACGUGACGGUGUGGAAGUACAACAAGAUGGGCUGUGUCACACUGUUACGAAGCAGACAGCCUGUGGAGUGCCUGACUUACACCCAGAAGGAGCCGAUACUCCUUUUCAGUGGACACAGUGAUGGGACGAUUCUAAAAUGGGAAAGGCAACAGUCAUCUUACUUCCUGUACAGCCAUGAAGUGUUCAAUAUGUUUGAUACAGAGUCCAAGGGAAUGGACAGGUACAGCACCAUCAAAGUGGCAUGGAGUGCCUGUCACCGAAAAGCCUAUUCAGCCCAUCAUCUCAUAGAUGUUGCCCGAAGUGGGGAAAAGGAAUCAUCUGGAGUCACAGCAUCCAAUAAAACCAGCCAACCACCUAGCUUUACCAGGUCUGUGUUUGUGGAAGAACUGGAUUUGUUGGUGCUUGCUGCUGACGAUGGAAAUAUUUACCUCUGGGGCUUUGAUGACUCACUUUCUAGUAUCCUCAAAAUGAUGCCUUCAAAGACAACCCAAGAGCAAGAUAAGAUGAGGAGAUUUGAAGUCUUGUUGGAGCAAACUAUGAACAGACAGUACACAACAACUGAAGAGGAGAAUGGUUCGGUAAAUGAUCGAGUUUCAGGACAGAGACCAUUUGGGGACCGAUUUUCACCCACUCCUUUUCACAGAGCUAAAAUCAGGCCCUGGAUGAAGUACGGUUUGAAGUACAGUAGGUGGACUUGGAUCAAGCUUCCUGCGAUACCGGCAGUGGCCACCGAUCCUGGCAUGGCCCAGAGCCGCUGGCCUCCAAUUGGCUGGCAGCUCUAUGUGGGACCUCCUCUUGGAGACAGACAGAAGUCCCAUCUCAUACUAAUUAAAGGGCCAAUGCCCAAAAAAAUUAAAGCAGGGAAUGAAUUUGCCUAUUCCUCGAGUGACGGGAUGGUCUACAUUCGCCACUUCAGCCCCGUUGCAAGUGAGAUGAAGCUCAUCGGCGUGUUGCAGGGUCAUGAGGCUGACAUCACUGCCAUCUUGUGGCAUUCCCUCUUGAAUAAGUGGCUCAGUGGAUCAGAGGAUGGGAGUAUCCGGAUAUGGAGUGAAGAUGGAACACAAUGUGAGCAAAACCUGGUCACACACGGAGCAGUUAAUUGUCUCUGCAUUGAUCGGGUCAAUGGUUGCAUUAUAGCUGGGAUUCAGGAGAUCAUGAGAGUUUACGAUCCCGAAUCAUUUGUACAAGUGCAAAGAAAUAUUGGGCACACUGAUUCAAUCCGUUCCAUCAUCCACAUUCCUGAGAGAACACAGUAUGUCACUGCAUCCUGGGAUCAUACUCUGCGUGUCUGGAAUGCUUACAUCAAACAUCCUUCCAGAAGCAAUGAAACAAGGGAAAAUGUAACAUACUGAGAAAAAAUGGCAAUGGGACAUCAAAUACCUUUAGCAGUUCAGUACUUUGAAAUUAAGUUGCACUUGUUCUCAUCAAGUGAGACAUGAGACUUGCAGUGUUUUGUGAUUGCAGUCACAUCAAUGCAGUGAUGAAUAGAGCAGGUCAGAGGCUGGGUAUUCUGUAACUCACAUCCUGAUUUCCCAAUGCCUAUCCACCAACUACAAAACACAAAGUAGCAGUCUGAUG